AUUAGCUCUCUUUUUCGAUCGAAACCCUUCUCCCCCCGAUUUUUCCACCUGCUCGCGCGCUCGCUCUCCGUCUGCCUCGGCUCUUGCCAACCGUGGCUUCAGACCAGAUCCGACGAAAUCCGACCUCGUCUCCGACCAAAUCCCACGUUGGAGUCUGCUCCCUUGGCGGUGAUUUGAGAUCUACUUCAUAAAUUUGUGAGCUUCGUGAUUUGGAGUCGUAAAGAGCAAAUGUGGAAUUGUUAACUCGGGAGGCUAAAUACGGAUCUCUGGAUUUAAUCAGGUCUUCUGUGAGAAGGGAGAGGAAAACAAAAGAAGAAGAAACCUGAUCAAAAGCCUAGGAAAAUGGCUGGAGGGUUCAGAGUGCUUCAUCUUGUUCGACCGUUUUUGGCAUUCUUGCCUGAAGUUCAAAGUGCUGACCGAAAAAUUCCAUUCAGGGAGAAAGUGAUCUAUACCGUGAUCUCUCUUUUCAUUUUUCUGGUUUGCAGUCAGCUUCCCCUAUAUGGCAUACACUCAACUACCGGAGCAGAUCCUUUUUACUGGAUGCGUGUUAUUCUUGCAUCAAACCGUGGAACUGUCAUGGAGCUAGGAAUCACUCCUAUUGUGACUUCUGGAUUGGUUAUGCAACUCUUGGUUGGAUCAAAGAUCAUUGAAGUAGACAAUAGUGUUCGAGAGGAUCGUGCUCUUUUAAAUGGUGCACAAAAAUUACUUGGCAUCUUGAUCGCUAUCGGGGAGGCAGUUGCAUAUGUUCUAUCUGGAAUGUAUGGUAGUGUCAGCCAGCUAGGAACUGGAAAUGCUAUUCUCAUUAUACUUCAACUUUUCUUUGCUGGUAUCAUUGUCAUUUGUUUAGAUGAACUUCUCCAGAAGGGAUAUGGUUUGGGAUCCGGUAUUUCUUUAUUCAUUGCCACCAAUAUAUGUGAAAAUAUUAUCUGGAAGGCAUUUAGCCCCACGACCAUUAACAGUGGGCGUGGUGCUGAAUUUGAAGGUGCUGUCAUUGCUUUGUUCCACCUACUGAUUACUCGAACAGAUAAAGUCCGUGCUCUUCGUGAGGCUUUCUAUCGUCAUAAUCUUCCAAAUGUAACCAAUUUGCUUGCCACAGUUUUGGUCUUCCUUAUUGUUAUCUAUUUCCAAGGCUUCCGUGUGGUGCUGCCUGUGAGGUCAAAGAAUGCCCGUGGACAACAAGGAUCCUACCCAAUUAAGCUGUUUUACACAUCUAAUAUGCCCAUCAUUUUACAGUCAGCACUUGUUUCUAACCUGUAUUUUAUCUCCCAGUUAUUAUACAGGAGGUACAGUGGCAAUUUCCUUGUAAAUCUGCUUGGUAAGUGGAAAGAAUCUGAGUAUUCUGGUCAAUCUGUCCCUGUAGGUGGUCUGGCUUACUACAUCACAGCACCAUCAAGCUUGGCAGAUCUGGCUGCAAAUCCAUUCCAUGCACUUUUCUAUAUCGUGUUUAUGCUCUCAGCUUGUGCACUUUUCUCAAAGACUUGGAUAGAAGUCUCUGGAUCAUCAGCAAGAGAUGUGGCCAAGCAGCUUAAGGAACAACAAAUGGUGAUGCCUGGUCAUCGGGAGUCAAAUUUACAGAAGGAAUUGAACAGGUACAUCCCUACUGCAGCAGCUUUUGGUGGGAUGUGCAUUGGUGCGUUAACAGUUCUAGCAGAUUUUAUGGGGGCCAUUGGUUCUGGAACUGGUAUCCUGCUUGCAGUGACAAUCAUAUAUCAGUACUUCGAGACAUUUGAGAAGGAGAGAGCCAGUGAGCUUGGAUUCUUUGGCCUUUGAUCUCAAUACUUUGUGCUUCCCCGAUAAGCCUAGUCGCAAUUUUGAUUAGAUGAUACGGAUGUAAGCCGUGGUUUAGCAAUCUUUCUAUGAAAGGCUUUUAUGCUGCAGAAGUUCUGUUGACAAGGAAGUAUACAAUUUUUUUCAGUUGAGUAAUGUUGAAUCGUUGCCAUUCCCAAAUCUUAAUGCUAUUACUGCAGUAUUAGUAAAGUUUGUUCAAUCUUCAUUUCA